AUUAAGAUCAAAGCUUGAGACAAUUAAAUUUUGCUUCCCAAAGAUGGCGUAAAAAUAUUUUAAAUAGUAGGGAAAAUAUGAAAAUAGGUAAUAAUAGGAGGUCUUAUUUGAAAGUUACCCAAUUUAAUGUGGAGGCAGCUGCUAUCCGAAAAUCUGAUACGAGAUCGCCGUUUCUAGGGCUUUUCUGUUUGUUCUCUGCCUCUCGAGUUUGAAGCCAUCUCCAUUACAGUUCGUCAAAAUUCUCAGGGUUGCGGAUGAAUCUAGGAUUUUAUAUUCUGUGAUUGAAGGUUUUGGGCUCGCUAGGCUUCUCUGUAUCUCUGAUCAUUAUCACAUUUGAUAACUCAUGGCAGAGAUACAGACAAACGGAAGGGCGUACGAGUCACUGUUGGAAAAGGUUCUUUCGAUGAACAUUCUUUCUUCUGACUAUUUCAAAGAGCUAUAUGGUUUAAAGACUUAUCAUGAGGUAAUUGAUGAAAUCUACAACCAAGUUAAUCAUGUGGAGCCAUGGAUGGGUGGAAAUUGCCGUGGUCCUUCGACAGCUUAUUGUCUCCUCUACAAAUUCUUCACCAUGAAACUUACAGUUAAGCAGAUGCAUGGGUUGUUGAAGCACACAGAUUCUCCUUAUAUUAGAGCGGUUGGAUUCUUAUAUUUGAGAUAUGUUGCAGAUGCAAAGACAUUGUGGACAUGGUAUGAACCAUACAUUAAAGAUGAUGAGGAGUUUUCACCGGGAUCAAAUGGACGGACGACGACAAUGGGUGUAUACGUACGCGACUUGCUACUUGGACUGUAUUACUUUGAUACUUUGUUUCCACGUAUUCCUGUUCCUGUCAUGCGCCAGAUUGUAUCAAACCUUGAGAAGAUGAAUUUACCAACUAAACCUUCUGGUUCAACCGGAGACAUGACCCGUGGCUCGGAAGACACUGCACGUCGUCCACCAUCAGUGAAAGCAUCACUCUCUGUUUCAUUUGGUCAGCGUGCACCUCACCGUGCUUCCACCAGAGGCUCCUCUCCUGUUCGCCGUCCUCCACCUUCUGGUUAUGACAGAAACGGAGGCGAUGAACAACAACAGCGGUCCCCACGUAGGAGCCAAAGCCGAGACUAUUAUUCUGACAGAGACUCAGAUAGACAGCGGGAGAGAGAGAAGGACAAAGAUCGCGAGAGAGACAGAGAGAGGGAGAGAGAUAGGUACAGAGAAAGGGAGAGCGAUUAUGGUAACAACAGGAGAUCGAGGCGUGACUAUGAAAGUAGAAGCAGACGCAGUGAUUAUGAGGAUGAUAGAAGCAGACAUGACAGGAGAAGCAGGAGCAGAAGUAGGAGCAGGAGUUUGCAAAUUGAGCGUGAGCCGACUCCUAAAAGAGAUUACAGCAGCACCAACAAGGAGAAAUCGGCUGUGACUGUGAACAGCAAUCUUGCAAAGCUAAAAGAUUUAUAUGGAGACGCUAGUAAUCAGAAAGGUGAUGAAGGAUUUGGAACAAGGAGGGAUUCAAGUUCAGAAGAAGUCAUUAAGCUUGGUGGUUCCUCUUGGAGGUGAAAAAAACAAACAAGACAAAAAAAACUGUGGAUUUUAAAAUGCUUCUUAUAAGGAUGAUUGAUGCAUGUUGUUUCUCUGUAUUGUUUCGAAUCUCUAGCAAACUAUUUGUUAUAUUGCCUGAAAUUACAGUUUUUAGAAUUGAUCUUAAUCUUGAAUUUGUUUACAUAUUGUGCUUUCUGGUCACAAAAAGGUGUGAAUUUUGUUUUGACAAUACUCUUUCUUUCUUCUUGC